CCUUGCUUACUGUUGAUGAUUUUAUAGAUGGUAUGUGUGCCACUAAAAUUAGAAAAAGGUCACUUGAAAUAACAAAUAUUCGUUGCAAUUUCCCUUCCGAACAGCAGAGGCGGUGUGGGCGCUCCUUUGCUUAAACCACCACAGAAGAAGAGAAGAACGAGCGCGGCACUGGAGGACUGAGUUUGAAUCGCGGAAGAAAAACAAACGCUUCCCAGGAUGGCACAAGGACACAAAUUCCAGGACUUGGAGGAGACUGGUGAGGCUCUGGUGGCCUUCAUCAACAGCAGCCAGCCUGAUACUCUGCGGCAGGUGAAAGCAGAACACCGAGCUCUGUUUGAUCGACACACAGAAACAAGGAGGAUUGUGACGCAGAUUUUGAAAGAUGUUGUUCAGGUAGAGGAGGAUGCCGGUCAGAGGCUGCUGGACAUGGAGGAGGAGAAGCACCGCAGGGACAAGGAGCUGAGGAGCAUGGAGGAGCAGCUAAACAAGCUCACAGCCAAAAGCCAGAUCACCGAUUCAGAAAUACAGUUUCUUCAGAAAGAGCUGGAGAGUCUGAAAUGCAGCGAGAGCGAGCUGGAAACUCUCCAGAAUGAAGUGGAUGAAGACACGACCGAGGUCAUCCCAUCUGCAGUACAUGUGGCUCAGCUGUACUACCUGAUCACCAAGAUCAAGUGGGAGUACGACACUCAACCCAACAUUUUAAAAGGAGUUCAUUACGGCGCAGAGCUGGCGACUCCCAUUCACAUCGACACGACCACGCGCUCUCGCAUCGACGUCAGCGACCAGCUGUGGGGCUUUGUCUGCUCGCAGUGGUAGCAGACCUCCUCGUUUGUAAUUGUUCGUGGAUGUCUUGUUUGUAUUUGUUUUUAACAAUAAAAUGUAUCUUACUUUUACUUUAA